AUAUCAGCUGAGGGGCCGGCCAUGAUGUUGUGGUUGCGUUUGCUCAUUAAAUUACCCAUUCAGGAUCCUCCAUCUGAACACACCAAUCCCAUUGGCAGUGACAUGCAGCCUGCUGAGGAAAUAGUAGACACCACUACUGAUGAUGUCAAUUCGAAGCCAAGAACAAAUCAAAAUAACGCGACUGUGAUAGUGUCGGAGGGUGAAUGUUUGAAUGGAGGCACUUGGCUAUCGUGGUUCGGUUUAUGUGCAUGUCCAUAUACACAUUACGGACGACGUUGGGAAUGUGUAUGUUUUGGCAGUUACUUUGGAAGCAGCUGUGAAUAUAUAUGUGAGCACGGUGUUUUGGUGAAUGGUCAUUGUACGUGUUAUGAUGGGUAUACGGGAUUGACUUGCAAUGAAUGCAAAACGGAUUACGUUGGUGUGACGUCGAGUGAAUGCGGUGAAAUAAUGCGUCGACGUAAGCCUGUGAUGCAGUCGCGAUUCGCUUUAAGUGGUCUUUCGCUUUGUCUUAUCACCAUUAUUCUGCUGUGGAUUUCUGUGGUUACGAGAAGAAGACGAACGAUGAUAGCUGCAAAUCAUUUCGAACGUUUAGCAAAUGAACGCUUAUUGCGAGAGCAACAACGACGACUGUGUGAGCGUCGUGCUGUAGCGGUUCAAGUAAUAUUUUUUGUGGUGUAUUUAUUAUUUGUUAUAUUCAGUAUAGCUGAAUUUGUAUCACGUACACCAACGAAUCACGCAAUAUGUGAAUUCAGAAACUUUAUAUCGCCGUCGUUUUAUAAUAUCGACACUAGAUUGCUGAACAAUUUACGCGCUCCACGUUUGAACUUUAACUUGACCACUGGUAGUGCGAGAAGUACGACUGCAGGUAGUAGUAACAACACUGGAAACGAAACGCCACCGCCCGGUUAUUAUUAUUGA